AUGGCUACUAAUAUCACCUGGCAUCACAAUUUGGUUUAUGACGAGCGUAAGGCUUUGAGGAAGCAAGAAGGCUGUACCAUCUGGCUUACUGGUCUGAGCGCUUCUGGUAAGAGUACAAUUGCCUGUGCAUUGGAACAACUAUUGUUACAAAAGGAUAUUGCUGCCUACAGAUUGGAUGGUGACAACAUCAGAUUCGGCCUCAAUAAAGACUUGGGCUUCUCUGAAAAGGAUAGAAACGAGAAUAUAAGAAGGAUUAGCGAAGUCUCUAAGUUGUUUGCAGAUUCUUGCACAAUAAGCAUCACGUCCUUUAUUUCUCCGUACAGGGUUGAUCGUGAGAGAGCUCGCGAAUUGCAUAAAGAAAGUGGCCUGAAAUUUAUUGAAGUUUUCGUUGACGUCCCAUUAGAAGUGGCUGAGAAGAGAGAUCCUAAAGGUUUGUACAAGAAAGCGAGAGAAGGUGUUAUAAAAGAGUUUACUGGUAUCUCGGCACCUUACGAAGCACCACAAAGCCCAGAAAUCCACCUCAGAACGGACCUAAAGUCUGUGGAAGAAUGCGCUGCUGUAAUCUACGAGUACCUUGUCAGAGAAAAGCUUGUUGAUCAGGACGCCUAA